AUGGGGUUUAUACAGAUUAAUGAGGACUUCAUAUUUAUUGAGCCACUCAAUCACACUUUGGCUGUGACAGGUCAUGCACACAGGGUGUACAGACGAAAAAGGUCUGUAGAGGAGAAAAUUACUGAAAAACCAACUUCUCAGAAUCAGUACUGUGGUGUUGUUACAGAUAAAAGAAAAUCCAAGAAUCAGAAAGUAUCAGAAAGUGGAAGAGGAAAACGAUACUCUUACAAAUUACCUCAGGAGUACAAUAUAGAAACAGUUGUGGUAGCAGAUCCAGCUAUGGUUCUGUAUCAUGGAAAAGAUGCUGCCAGAAGAUUUAUUCUGACCAUCUUAAAUAUGGUUUUUAACCUUUUCCAGCACAAAAGCCUUGGACUACAAGUUAAUCUUCGGGUUACUAAGCUUGUCCUCCUUCAUGAGACUCCAGCAGAUAUGUAUAUUGGACAUCAUGGGGAAAAAAUGCUGGAAAGCUUUUGUAAAUGGCAGCAUGAAGAGUUUGGCAAAAAGAAUGAUAUACACUUAGAAAUGUCAACAAGCUGGGGAGAAGACAUGUCGUCAGUUGAUGCAGCUAUUCUUAUCACAAGGAAGGAUUUCUGUGUACAUAAAGACGAACCAUGUGAUACUGUUG